AUGUCCUUGCCAAGAACACCUACUCAGCCUUCAGUAUCCGCUGCCACAGUGGUAUCUACAGCUGAUCCAGCUAAUGUUCCAAUUACAAACCCAGAACAUGUCUGUAAAAUUUGUAGUGAGAACAUGGAUGAUAAAACCCCUUGUAUGGUUAUUAAUCGGUGUAAUCAUAUCUUCCAUAGAAUUUGCAUUGAAAACUCUUUAUCCAAUGCUAAAGAGUGCCCAGUCUGUUUUCUCACAUGUGAGUUAGAGGAUGUUCGAACAUUUUCAUUUCACAUUAAGCAAAACCCUAACAGACCAAGAGGCAAAGCUCGUGGAGCUGUUUCAAAAACUUAUAAUACUAGAAGUGUUAGUAAAAAUCUUUUUCAAGACCCUACAACUCCUCACAAUAAUACGACUGGUGGAGAAUUGAUUAACCCCAGAACUCCACCUCAGCAAAACGUUGUUCCUUCUGGAAUGCCUUGCAAUGAAAGAAACAAUCCCCAGAUAAUACCACAAUCCAAUUCACCCAGUUUAAUAGAUUAUAAUCGUAUUAACCGGAUGAUAGAGUCAAGUGUUUCAAAAGCUUUACAAAGUCUCAAUUUGUCUAUUCAAAACCCUCGGAUUCAGCAACAAUAUUCUUCGGGAAACUCUAAUUUAAUAGGAAACAUAAUGGAAACUGAUAUACAACAGGUUUUACGAAAUUUAAAUUGUAACAACUCUGCAAACUCUGCUAACAACCAACAAUAUCAACUACCCAAUUCUAACGAAAACAAUCCUGGAAAUAUUCCCAUGUUAACUCAUCAGAAUCGACCUCAAAAUAUAUACAAUUCUUUUCCAAAUUCAAACCAUUUUAAUCGACAACCAAGUACUAUGAGAACACCAUCUACAAAUUGCCAAGUUGCUACGAUAAACACCGAUAAAAUUACAUCGAUUAUCCAAAACUGGUGUUUAAAAUUUGACGGUUCAACUACUGGGUUAACGGUAGAAGAGUUUUUGUAUAGACUAACCUCGCUAACCAACGAUAACUUCAAUGGAGAUUACACGAUUAUAUGUAAGAAUCUUCACAUACUUUUCUCCGGGAAAGCGCGAGAUUGGUUCUGGCGCUAUCACAAGCAGGAAAGAGGUGUUAUCGAUUGGAGCGAAUUCUGCAACGCGAUUAGAUCUCAAUAUAAAGAUUUUAAGUCUUCUUUUGAUCUUCGUGAGGAAAUAAGAAAUAGAAGACAAAAACCAGGAGAGUCGUUUGAUGUCUUUUAUGAUUCUAUAUCCGCAAUUAUGGACAGGUUGCCUUCUGCUUUUUCUGAAAUGGAGUUAAUUGAGAUCAUAAUGCGAAACUUAAGACCGGAUAUAAGGCAAGAUUUGUUAUAUAUUCCUGUACAUUCAAUACCCCAUUUACGAAAAUUAGUCCAAAUGCGGGAAUCUUUUCUUGAAGACGAACAUGUUAAGCGAAACUUGCACAACCGUACUGCUAAUGCUCAUCAACCUCGAAGACAUAUUGCUGAAGUCGAUUUAGAUUCUGUAGAUGCUAACCCUGUAGGCUCUGAAACUUCAAUAGAUGCUUUACAUAAUACCCCCACUGUUACACGCUGCUGGAAUUGCGAUAGACCAGGUCAUGUUUGGGAAGACUGCCUUUACGAAAGGACUAUUUUUUGUUAUGGUUGUGGGGCUAAAAAUACUUAUAGACCACAGUGUCCCAAAUAUUCGAGCUCUGAGGAAAACAAUAAUAAAUUUGAUAAACUUAUUCAACCUAUUUUACCCUAUCAUAAAAGAUGGGAAAACUAUUACUCAAGGCGUAAUAAAAUUUUUAAGGAUGUCGAAUUAGCUUCACUUAAACGAUCUAAACCUAAACGUUCCACAAUAAGACUCAACAAUUAUUAUAGAAAACGAAAAAUUUGCUCCAAAUUAUUACUCUAUGCUAUCCUUAGUGAUCCAAAAGAUAAUCGUUUCUAUGCCAAGGUGUCUUUUAUAGAUUAUGUAGAAUACGGUUUGUUAGAUACUGGUGCUAGCAUUAGCUGCAUUGGAUCUGAAUUAGCUAAAGAAGAUUUUUCAAAAUUCCCCAAUUUUACUAGUUGCAGAAACUUUGUCAAAACUGCCGAUGGUGCUCAACAACGAGUUAUAGGUUGGCUUAAUGUUAACAUCACUUUUAAAGAAAUGUCUUGUCCAAUUAAUCUUUUUGUAAUACCAACAAUUUCUCAACGACUUAUACUUGGAAUUGACUUUUGGAAGAAAUUUAAAUUAGUACCGAAUGUCAUGGAAUCCGCGGAUUUAUGUGAUAAGUUAUCGGUUAGCGCAAGUCCGUCUGUUUCGUCCGAUAAGUCCGAAAGUCUGUCCGAGGUUUGUGGUAAAUCUGAUUGUGAGAAAUCAGAUGAUAACUAUAUGUUAACUUCUAGUCAACAACAGCAAUUAAACGCUGUCAUUUCUCUUUUUCCAAACUUUGAGAAACAAGGGUUGGGAAGAACGGGCUUAAUAAAGCACUUGAUCGAUGUUGGCGAAGCCAGACCGAUCAAGCAAAGGUUCUAUCCUGUAUCACCAGCAGUGGAAAAACUAAUGUUCACAGAAAUUGAUCGAAUGUUGACAUUGGGUGUUAUUGAACCGUCAAACUCACCCUGGAGUUCCCCGAUGAGACUGGUUAUAAAACCGAAUAAAGUCCGCCUUUGUUUAGAUGCGAGAAAAGUGAAUUCUGUCACGAAAAAGGAUGCAUAUCCAUUACCAUCUAUUGAGGGAAUCUUUGCGCGUCUUCCAAAAGCCAAUAUCAUUUCUAAGUUAGAUUUAAAAGACGCGUAUUGGCAAAUAGCAUUGGAUGAUGAAUCGAAGCCCAUAACUGCUUUUACAGUGCCUGGUAGACCAUUAUACCAGUUCACUGUAAUGCCCUUCGGGUUGUGCAAUGCACCCCAAACAAUGAGUAGGCUUAUCGAUGAGCUAAUUCCCCCAGACUUGAAGAACAGCGUCUUUGGUUACCUUGACGAUGUGAUUAUUGUUUCGGAGAAUUUCGAAGAACAUAUUGGCAUUUUAAUUCGUAUAGCAGGACAGUUUCGUAAAGCUAAUUUGACCCUAAACCUCUCGAAAAGUAAAUUUUGUGUUACCAAAGUUAAGUACUUAGGUUAUAUUAUCGGAGAUGGUGGUAUUGUUACAGACCCAGAAAAAGUAAGUGCGAUCAGAAACUGGCCAACUCCAAAGAAUAUAAAACAAGUUCGUGGCUUCUUAGGUCUUGCAGGCUGGUAUAGGCGAUUUAUUGCGAACUUUUCUAGCGUAGUUUAUCCGAUAUCCGAAACCUUGUCAACUAAGAAGAAGUUUGUUUGGACUCCCGAGGCUCAGCAGGCUUUUGAACAAAUUAAAGAUUUACUAUCUUCUGCUCCUAUUCUAAGUAACCCUGAUUUUGAGAAAAAGUUUUUCGUCCAUUGUGAUGCCAGCGAUUUUGGUAUCGGUGCUGUGCUCGUUCAACUGGACAACAAUAACGAGGAAAAGCCGAUUGCUUUUAUGAGCAGAAAGCUUAAUUCCGCACAGAGAAACUACAGUGUAACGGAACGUGAAUGUUUAGCGGCUAUAGAAGCUAUUCAACGAUUCCGAUGCUAUCUCGAACUCCAAGAAUUUGAGGUUAUAACAGACCACUCCAGUCUUGUUUGGCUUAUGAAGCAGCCGAAUCUAAGUGGAAGAUUAGCCAGAUGGGCGUUGAAGCUUCAAGCAUACAAUUUCACCAUAAGUCAUCGCAAAGGUAAAGAGAACAUCGUACCAGAUGCUUUGUCACGAAUCGAGUUCGGAGAAGUUAAUUCGUUAGAUUCAUCAGAGCCAGAAAUAGAUUUGAAUUCCACUUGUUUUGAUGAUCCAGAUUACUGUGAUUUGAAGAAUAGGAUACAUGAAAACCAAUCCCAGUUUCCGGAUAUAAAGGUCGUUGAAAAAUAUGUAUACAUAAGAACCGAACAUUAUGACGGCAUCGAAUCAAACGAAAGCGAAGCUUGGAAGCUGUGGAUUCCAUAUGGUCUUCGAACAACGCUUAUAAAACGUUUUCAUGAUCCACCUACGGUAUCUCACGGAGGAAUGUCCAAAACUUUGGAACUCCUACGAAGAAAAUUUUACUGGCCAGGAAUGGUAGUAGAUGUUAGGAAUUUUGUAAGAAGUUGUGAACUAUGUAAAACUACCAAACACCCAAAUUUUGUUUUGAAACCGGAAAUGGGUAAACAAACUAUAACAAUACGCCCCUUUCAGAGAUUAUAUAUAGACUUGUUAGGCCCUUAUCCGCGUAGUAAAAAGGGAAAUAUUGGUAUUCUUAUAGUCUUGGACCAUCUGUCAAAGUUUCAGUGGUUACAACCUCUGAAAAAGUUUACGUCUUCGUCAAUAAAAGACUUUUUAGAAACACAGAUAUUCCAUGUUUAUGGGAUACCGGAAACGAUCGUUAGUGACAAUGGGUCACAAUUCAGAGCAAAUGAUUUAAAUGCAUAUUUUACUUCUCUUGGUAUUAAACAUAUUUAUACAGCCGUUUAUUCACCACAAUCAAACGCGUCAGAACGUGUAAACCGUUCAAUUAUAGCGGCGAUUAGAGCUUUUCUGAAACACGAACAUACCAAAUGGGAUGAAAAUCUCAGUGCGAUCAACUGUGCUUUACGAAACGGAUACCAUCAAUCAAUAAACAUGUCACCAUAUCAUGUUGUGUUUGGAUUUAACAUGAUAACACAUGGAUCCGCAUAUGCUUUGCUAAACAACUUGAAAACCCUAAAUGAACCGACAGCUUCUUUAUCUAGAGAUGACCAUUUACAAUUGAUUAGAAAGGACAUACAGAAAUAUUUAAACCAGGCUUAUAAACAAAAUCAAAGAACCUAUAAUCUACGAACCAGGCCUGAAAAGUUCCAUAUUGGUCAAGAGGUUCUACGUAGAAAUUUCGUACAGAGUAAUAUGGAAAAGCGUUUUAACGCAAAAUUUGCCCCAUUGUUUGUAAAAGCCACUGUUAAGGAAAAGUUAGGAAACCAUUACUAUGUUUUAACAGAUUCCGAUGGAAAAAUUGCGGGUACUUAUCACGCUAAAGAUAUUCGUACUUAA